GUCUUCGCGUCUCUGCCCGCUCAUGGCCUCCUCCGCCGCGGGCGAUCCCUCGCUGCCGCCGCCGCCGCCUCGCGGGUGGCUCUCCUGCCUCGUCAGCGGCGCCGGCCGCCUCCUCGCCGCCGCCCUCGACCCGGAUUCCUCCGCCUCCGACACCACGACCUCCUCCCCGGAGUCGUCGCAGUCGCCGCCGCGCCGCGCCCUCGUCCCUGCUGAUGAUGGUACUGGGACGUGCAUUGCUUCUGAUAGUUGUCAGUUAAACUUGAGUGGAAAGGAGAUCGUUUUGAAAGAUUCUAGCAAUGGAUCCUUUGCAGUUGUCUCAGAAAUAGACCCAAAAGAAGCUGUAAAGCAGUUACUUAUACAGGAUACUUACUCACGUUCGGAAUGUGAUGAAUUAAUAAAGAUAAUUCAAGAGCGGGUGGUAGAUUCAGACCCAGGUGUAGAUGAACCUGAAAUUGUUCUUCCCAUUGCAUGGCAUGCUAGCACUCAGCAACACCCUGUUGCAUACUCUUCAAGUCGAAACACCUCUCGACAGGAGGAUUUGGAGAUUCCAGCUUAUAGUCCAGGAUUUGACAACACUGUUCAGAAGGAAUGGCUGAAGAAAAGUUCAACUAGUAUCAAAGGCCUUGGCACCAAGAAUCAUGAGAGGAGUCAGCCUGUCAUGAAACGAAGGUACUCCAGCAUAGGGGCUACUUUUGAAGAGUCUCGAAGAGUCAGACUAAAGCAAAAUGGAUCCAGCACUUCAGGAAAGAAUGACAAGUUCACCGUGGGCAAUGACUCUUGUUCUGCCUCCAAACUGAUGUUUCAGGAAGACAUUGAGGCUGCACCCAGCGCAUCAAUGGGCUUCCAUCCAGUCAACAGCUCCAAAAGUUACACGAGGGGUUUCAACUUGGAGAGCAACAUUCCUACGAAGACAAGGUCACCGGUGCCUGCUAGCAGAAGUCGUCGCCCAAACAAUCGCCAGACAGCCAGACCAUCGAAUUGGCUGCCGCAGCUGAACAAUACGGCGCCGGCGGGACAGGAGCCCGACGCAGGCCGCAUUCAGGCGAAGAGGCCGGUCGGAAGGCCGAGGAGAGAGCGGAGUCACGAAGGUCACGAAAGCUGAAAAAAAGAUACACGUAGGCUACUAUUGUAAAGCGAAGUCCAGAUUACUACGAACACCAGGUAAUUGUUGGCAUAAUGUAUAUGUCAUGUCCAGUAUUUAGUUUGGCCGGAAAUGUUGUCUGCAGUAGCACAUUGGUUUAUGGACAUAUGUGAUGGAUUUGUGAUCGAGGAA